AUGGUUUUAGCUGAUCUCGGUCGACGUAUAAAUUCUGCCUUAGCGCAGAUUAAUAAAGAGCCUGUCAUUGACGAGAAGGUGCUCGAGGCACUUUUGAAGGAGAUUGUCUAUGCAUUAAUGGAAUCCGACGUCAAUGUCAGGUUGGUUGGUGGUUUAAGAGAAAAUGUAAGAAAAGCCGUCAAUAUACAAGAGUUGCCGGCCGGCAUAAACAAGAGGAAGCUUAUACAGAAGACCGUCUUUGAUGAACUUUGCAAAUUGGUUGACCCAGGCGUUGAGGCAUACAGACCUAAGAAGGGAAAGGCGAAUAUUAUCAUGUUUGUUGGGCUACAGGGGAGUGGCAAGACUACGACAUGUACCAAGUUAGCAUAUCAUUAUCAACGUAAAGGCUGGAAGACAUGUCUCGUCUGCGCAGAUACGUUUCGUGCUGGUGCAUUUGAUCAGUUGAAGCAGAAUGCCACUAAAGCAAAAAUACCGUACUAUGGGAGUUAUACGGAAACGGAUCCCGUUCAGAUCGCACAUGAGGGAGUCGAGAAAUUCAAAAAAGAAAGUUUUGAGAUUAUUAUCGUAGAUACGUCGGGAAGGCAUAAGCAGGAAGCCGAGUUGUUUGAAGAAAUGAAGCAGAUAUCAGCCGUCGUUCAUCCUCAGCUCUAUGUGAAGGCUCUCGCGUUUGUCGCGCUCAAUUCCCGGCGACUAGCGCUUGACGGAUUGUGGUCUAAUAGAUGUGCCAAUCCUGAUAAUACUAUAUUUGUUAUGGAUGCUACUAUUGGACAAGCAGCCGAACUACAGGCAAAAGCUUUUCAUGAGGCUGCUGAUAUUGGAUCAAUUAUUAUAACAAAGAUGGACGGACAUGCGAGGGGUGGUGGUGCCAUUUCAGCAGUUGCAGCAACACGCAGUCCAAUUGUAUUUAUUGGUACAGGAGAACAUAUUCAUGAUUUAGAACGAUUCUCAGCAAGACCGUUCGUGUCCAAGAUGCUAGGAAUGGGGGAUAUUUCUGGAUUAAUGGAGACAGUUCAGGAUCUGAGAUUAGACCAAAAUAAAAACCUAAUGAAGAAUCUGGAGCAGGGUAUAUUUACCAUAAGAGAUAUGUAUGAACAGUUCCAGAAUAUUUCUAAAAUGGGACCAUUGUCCAAGAUGAUGCAGAUGAUGCCCGGAAUGUCUGAACUUAAUUUUGAAGGUUCAGACGAACUUGGUGCCCAAAGAAUAAAAAGAUUAAUGACCAUAAUGGAUAGUAUGAGCAAUGCGGAACUUGACUCUGACGGCAAGAUUUUCAUACAUCAACCGGUACGAAUUGUACGCGUGGCACGCGGGUCAGGCACUACUGUUCGUGAAGUCGAGGAACUUCUCAUGCAGCACAAAGGUUUUCAGAAUAUGGUGAAGAAGUUUGGCGGCAAUAAAAACUUAUUCAAGGGAAUGGGCCCGAAUAUGGACCCGUCAAAGAUGUCACCUCAACAGAUUCAGCAGAAAAUGGCUGCAAUGAAUAAGAUGCUUCCGCGCGGCAUGCCUGGAAUGAACAAUCUCAUGAGAUCAAUGAUGGGCGGAGGCCUUCCUGGAAUGGGAGCACAAGGAAUGCCAGAUAUGGCCCAGAUGCAAAAUAUGAUGAAGCAAAUGGGCCUGAACCUGCCGGGUAUGGGUGGUGGAAGAAGAGGAUGA